UUGCCCACCUCUAGAAAAUUAAAUUUUGGGCAAAUUUAUUUGUUUUUUGUUUUGGGACGUGUUCACAAUGGGACGAGGCAGAGUGUUUGUGUAGCUGGCCCAAGUGCCGGCUGCCCGAAUUCCCUGAAAACCCAACCCGUUGAGAACUCAGAACACCGCCGAACUCCAGAAGAAACGCACGCACAUCUGGCAGCCGACUGUAAACAAACUCGCGAUAUGAUAAUUGUUUGAAUCUGAUUUGGUGUGCGUAUUAUGCAAAAACUAGUUUCUAGGCAGCGUCGGUUGUUGAACUCUUGACACUUGACUGGCUGAUUUGCCGGCGAGAAUAGAUAAUCGCCCGCGGGUUCAAUAGGUAUCGGCGAAACGGUCGAGUCAGCAUCGCUGGGAAUUCAAUCCGGUAAAGUCAACGAAACGCGCCACAUGUAUGCCUCCAAAAAGAUGGGUCGAGUUCCCGAGCUGGUUAUAUGCUCCUUCAUCGUGGUCAGCUUGCUGGUCAUUCACUUCUUCUCGGAUUUGCUGAGGGCCUCUCUAGGUGGCUACUACAACCAGGAUGUGACGCUUUCCCAGCUGGUAGAGGCCCAGAGCUCGGACUACGCCUGGUUGCUGAAGCUCCUGGUGAAUUGCUUCGGCUACAGCUGUGUCUUUGUGCCAGGUUACCUAAUCUACAAGUAUGUGGGAAGGAUCAACUAUUUGGAGCGUGGCAACCAGAACUUACUGCACAGAGCCAUCAACAUGUGCAUCACAGGUAACUCUGGAUACGAUCAAGUCGAUACAGGAGGCAGCUCCACGGAUAAGGAUCGCCCUGCGGUUUCUACGAUCCCCAAACGAACGAGUUCCCAAGAGGCAGUGCAGCUUAUUUGGUGCUUUGGCGGUCUAAUGGUCUCAUAUCUCACUUGGGGAGUGCUGCAGGAGAAGAUCAUGACGCAACACUAUCUAAACUUCGCUGGAGAAAGUGCAAAGUUCAAGGACUCUCAGUUCCUGGUGUUUUCUAACAGACUGUUGGCUUUUCUGGUGGCCCUCGCCUAUCUGCAAUGGCAACCAUCGCCUGUGCGACACCGAGCUCCGCUGUACAAGUACUCGUACGCCUCAUUCUCGAACAUCAUGAGUGCCUGGUUCCAGUACGAAGCCCUGAAGUUCGUCAACUUUCCCACCCAGGUGCUGGCCAAGUCCUGCAAGAUCAUACCCGUGAUGCUGAUGGGCAAAAUCAUGUCGAAAGCGAAGUACGAGAGCUACGAGUACGUCACCGCACUGCUCAUCUCGCUGGGCAUGAUCUUCUUUAUGAGCGGCUCCUCGGACAGCAGCAAGGCCAGUGGAGUGACGACGCUGACGGGCAUCUUCCUGCUCUCUAUGUACAUGGUCUUCGACAGCUUUACUGCCAACUGGCAGGGUUCACUCUUCAAGAGCUACGGCAUGACCUCGCUGCAGAUGAUGUGCGGCGUGAAUCUGUUUUCCUCCAUCUUCACCGGAGCCUCGCUUUCGAUGCAGGGAGGAUUCAUGGACUCGUUGACAUUUGCCACAGAGCACCCAAAGUUCGUGUUUGAUAUGGUGGUGCUUUCCAUUUGCUCAGCGGUCGGCCAAUUGUUUAUCUAUCACACAAUUGAUGUCUUCGGCCCAGUUGUGUUUACUAUAAUAAUGACGCUGCGUCAGGCCGUGGCCAUCAUGCUUUCCUGCUUUAUCUACCAGCACAGCAUUUCGCUGCUGGGCUUCUUUGGCGUUCUCAUCGUCUUUGUGGCCAUCUUCCUAAGGGUCUACUGCAACCAGCGAUUGAGGGCCAUACGCAAACGGGCCGAGGCUAACAAACCCAAGAUGGCUGUUUAGAAAAGGACGCGGACUUGUAUCGAUCACAACGCACACUCUUCCUAGCUUAAUGAACUGAUUGUAGCUCAUGGUAGAUCCUACUUCCAAAGCCGAAUUAGAGGCUACUUGGUCUCCCCAAAAAUUGUACAGUUUUGUUUUCCUAGUUGUAAGUUGAAUGUAUACUUGUAUCUUAACCGUAAGCGAAUACUAUUAUACUAAUGUAAUAAUUAAAUGUAAGGGGCGAAAAUUUACCUCUGACAAUAAUAUGUGUGUGUGCAAUUAAUGAUUACAUAUAACAAAGUUUAAUAAUGAAUUCAAAAAUUGAUAAGAUGA